GACACGGUGUAUUUGCAAUGUAAGCCAAAACAAGCGAGGACCCGCUGUUCAAUUGUUACUCCGUAAUGUUUACAAUCGCGACUCCGUAGCUACACUGCGUUCUACAAGGCUUACGAACGAAUUUUAUAAGCGCAGAUAAUCGAUAGCAGAGACUGAAAAGGAUAGCGAAAAUAUACAGAGAGGAUUGCGGUCGUCCUAGACAUAACCUCAAGGCAAUUCGCCGGCAUCAACGAACCAUCGCCACUCGCUCUUGGCAUCUGAUUUGCUUUCGGUUUUGUCAAAACCGUGCAUAAAUAGCCGGGUACGACAACACCCGCAUAGUUGCGUCAUCUUUUGAUUAUUCCAACGAAAAAUAUAUAUCACAAACACAAUGUCCUUUUCGAGUCCAUUCGGUGGCUCAACAGCAAAUCUAAAUUUGAAUACUACGUCGAGGGACAUGUUUGGCGUUAAACCGACGACUAGUAUUUUUAGUACUGGCAUCUUCGCUGACACUACGACUAGCAGCUUCGUCAAAUCCGAAAACAAUGCUCCCAGCAAGUCAUCCGCUACAGCGUCGACAAUUAUUUUUGCUACUACAACGACGAAUGGUAUCUUUGGCGCUAAUGCAUUUGCACCUCUAACUACUACUAGCACUACUACAAGUACAGCUGCUAGCAGUGUCGAAACUGCCGCUUCUUUGACCACAACUACGGCAAGUACCACCAGUGCAGGAUUCGCUUUUGGUAUUCCUAGUACUUCGGCCGGUAUUGUUGCGACUACGAGCGCCCUUACGACUGCUACUACUUUCGGAGAAAUCGCGACUAUUACUAAUGGAAACUUGGCAUUUGGCCAACCUACUUCCACUGCAUCUAUUAACAAUGAACAAGGUAUGCCAUCAACUUCUUUUGCGGGCUCUAAAGUUCCCCGACGUUUUCGACGUUUGCCUUUCGCAGAUAUCAAUCGUCCGAUUACACGGACUACACAGCACUAUGAACAACCUCUCGUCGUGAAUAAUCUAAUCGAAGAGGCAGCGGAAACUAAGCAGAUUGGACAGUUGGGCGUCGCUAUGUCAAGCUACAUAUGGAAAAUACCGAACUUCAGCGAUUUAUACAAGUCAAGCAAAAACGUCUCUCUGUGCAUAUCGCCUGCAUUCAAGAUAGGCGUCGGACAAGGUGAAAAGAGGUGCUCGUUGUAUUUGUAUCCAUUCGGCAGUUCUGCUCGCCUGAAAGAGUACGUAUCUGUGUAUAUAGAAUGUCAGAACAGCGUCAACUCCCAAGCGCAGAUUAGUUUCUCGAUUCUCGAUGCUGAUUUACAAAUCGCGAACGAGACCUUUUCGAGUGUGCUAAUGACGCUGCCCGGGCACACUAUGAGAACGGGUUGUUCCCAAUUUAUAAAACGGGAUACGUUACUGGAUGCGAAUAGCCGAUUGCUUUCGAACGAUACCCUUACUUUGGUGUGCCACGUAUCCUUGAGGACGAUGGACGUCAGGCCCGUGUUUCCAUCGGAGAUGAAAAUAAACAGCGAUUUUGGACACUUGUUGGAGAGCGAGAAAUUCAGCGACUUGAUUUUGGAAGUUGAAUAUAAAGAGCUUCAAGUUCACAAGUCCGUGUUGGCGGCGAGAAGCCCGACCUUUCAUAAAAUGUUCGAAGAUGCAUCGGGUGCCGCUAACGAGGAGCAGAACAAAUUGAAAUUGACUGACAUAAAGUACGAAGUAAUGAAGCAAAUUUUGCUAUUUAUUUAUACGGAAAAAGUUGAGGGAUUGACUCAACUGGCGAACGAGCUGCUUGUAGCGGCUCACAGAUUCAAACUCGAAGAUUUGAAAACUCUGUGCGAAGAAUCUCUGUUUAAAAAUUUGGACGUUGCAAACGUCAUCGAUGCUCACGUCUUGGCCGAAACGUACGAUUCGAAAUGGCUGAAGGAUAAAACUACGGAUUUUAUAAUCGACAAUGCCCAUAGAGUGAUUAACACUUCGGGGUACAAAAGUUUGGCUGAUUCAUAUCCACGUCUAUUGGACGAGCUUUUCUGCGAGAUGGUACGACGUAAAAUUAUUCAACCAAUUGAAACACCUGUGUCGUCGUUGUAGACGUUAUGACAAAUGCUAUUCUAGAGUUAUCUUAUAAAAAGACAAAAUUCAAGAUUUAAGUGCGCGAAGUUCGUACUUUGAAGUUAUAAUCAAAAAAAUAAAAGUUUAUUCGAACCAUAUAUUUACCGAAACUCAAGGUCAGUUGCAAGCUGUGUUUGCAACGCGAAAUCGACUUAAUCGACGUGAUAAAAAAAGUAACGUGAUAAUAAGUUGUAAAGUAAACGUUAUAGUUCCUGGUAAGGUCUAGUUAAGUAUCUCAAUGAUAUAUUUAUAGAAACUUGAACAUUUUUGUACUUUUUAUAACGAGUUUGUAUUCAAUGUUGCUUAAAUAUUGUUAUUAUUAAAAGAAAUAAAGGAGAAUUAUUUAUUAUUUCAA